AUGCCAUUUGAAUGGAAUGAAAUAACUAAAACCAACCCGUAUAAAAUUCACCAUCCUGUAAUACCACCAUCAGUUUCUAGAUCUCUUCAAGAAGCUGCAAUUAAGAUUGUAAUGGGUGAAGACUAUUAUAUGCAUCCUGAUAAUUCGGAGAUAAAUAAACUUGCUGCACGCACAUUUAAUGAGUUAUCUAGCAUUCCUCCUAUUGAUUAUAAAAUGUCAGAAGAAUUACAUUGUUGCAAGUUAUUAUAUCCUUUUACAAAUCCAGUGUUUUUUGGACCACAUAAAGAGUAUGAGGUUCAACUAAAUCGCACUGUUAGUAAAACAAAACAAAGACCUGAUUUCGCCUGCAUCAUUAAUAAAAUUCCACUUUUGAACUCCGAAAUUAAACCAUGUGGAUAUAAACCACUACAAAAAAAAAAGGAUAUUGUAAAGGCUCAAUUAAGAGGUAAAAAGGCAAUAAAUCAACUAUUAAACUUGAAAGGUGGUCCUGCUAAAACAGCCAUACUUACAAAUAUGGGUGAUACAGUAUCAUCUUUUAUCAUGGAUCUACAGGUUGAUAGGAUUUAUCGUUCUUGGCCUUUCUGUACAACAAAAUUAGUAAUUGAUAAAUCUUCAAUGCCAUUGAUAGAAUCGACAUUUUGCCACUUUGUGGCAUUAGAGGGACAGAUAAACAUAUUAGCAAAAGAUUUUAAAACUCGCAGUAAUGUGUUCACUCCACCAUUACAAAUGUCAUUCAUGAGCAUUAUCCCAGAUUCACCACAAAUCAAAAGGUUACUUAAAUAA